AUGCCAACAAGAAUCCUCAUAGUCGGUGCCGGCGCCAUCGGAGCAUUCUACGGAUCCCGACUCGCCUGUGCCCCCAACACCGCCGUCUCAGCCCUCUGCAGGUCCAAUUUCAAAGCCGUCAAAGCCAACGGCUUCAAAGUGACGUCUCCAAAAUAUGGCGAACAAGUCUUUCGACCGGAACAUGUGUUCAGUUCACCCGACGAGGCACGGAAGGCGAACAUCAAGUGGGACUAUCUCCUAGUGGCGACGAAGGCAUUGCCGGACGUGAGCGAUGAUAGUGCCCUUAUAGAGGGUCUUGUGAGCGAUGGGACGAGUAUCGUUUUGGUGCAGAAUGGGCUCGGUGUAGAGGAGCCUUACCAGGAGCGCUUCCCGAAGGCGUCGAUUCUUAGUGCUGUGACGAUUGCGUCUGCGGCACAGCCUAGCCAUGGUGUAAUUCAGCAUAAUCGCUGGACGAGGAUUUCCAUAGGGCCUUAUUUACCGCACUUGGAUCAUGGAGGAAGUGGUGCUGCGCAUGGCGAUAAGGUUGCGAUUGAGAAGAAUAAUGCAUUAGUGGGACUAUUACAGGAAGUCGGGAUCAACGAUGCAGAGUCCUACGAUCAUGCCGCUCUACAAUUCGUAAGAUGGCACAAAAUCGCCAUCAACGCCGCCAUGAAUCCCAGCUCUGUCCUCUCGGGCGGUUGUGGAAACCAGGAAAUGUCCCUGGACCCUGAGCUCUCGCGACAUCUGGAAGGGAUCAUGAAAGAGGUUCUGGAAACUGCACCGAAGGUUCUUGGCAAGCCGCUGCCGUCGAAGUUGGCGAGUGCUGAGCAGAUUUUGAACUCCACGAAGAAGAAUUCGAGUGGGAGUAAGCCAAGUAUGUGGCUGGAUUGGGAGAAGGGGAAUAAGAUGGAGUUGGAGGUGAUUCUGGGUAAUCCGAUCAGGAUUGCGAGGGAGAAGGGGUUUGAGAUGCCGAGGUUACAGACUAUGUAUGCGUUGAUCGUCAAGGCGCAGGAGAAUAGAGAUAAGGCCAAGGAGAGUAAGCUGUGA